UGCGCUCUGGAGUAACAAGUGGACUGGACGUUUAGGUUUUCUCACCGUCUCGCCUGGAAACCCUUCCGGUUGCGUGCGCGCGCAGAACCAUGGACUCAGACACCAGCCGCGUCUCGAGCCGGCCGUCCUCUCCGGAGGUGGACGACCUGUUCCUGUCCACCCUGAAGAAGUCCGUGCACGGCUUCUCGGGCGCCGUGUCGUCCACGCAGAGCGACUCUCCGCCGGACAACCCGCUGCUGCGCGGCCUGUCCGCGGCGGAGGAGGAGGCCCUCGCGCUGCGCAUGGCCUCCAAGAAGGACCGAAAGCUGCUGUCGGAGAACGAGCUGCAGGCGAUCCGCCUCAAGAUCAACAGCCGCGAGCGCAAGAGGAUGCACGACCUCAACGUGGCCAUGGACGGGCUGCGGGAGGUCAUGCCCUACGCGCACGGGCCCUCCGUGCGUAAACUCUCCAAAAUCGCCACCCUGCUGCUGGCGAGAAACUACAUCCUGAUGCUGAGCAACUCCCUGGAGGAGAUGAAGCGGCUGGUCAGCGAGAUCUACGGCAGCGGCGGCCACCACGGCGGCUUCCACCCGGCGGCCUGCGGGACUAUGACGCACGCGGGCCCGGUGCCGGGACACCCGGCCGCCUCGCACGCGUCACACCCGGCCGUGCACCACCCGCUGCUCCCGCCGGCCGCCGUGUCCGUGUCCAGCGCGUCGCUCUCCGCGCCGGGCAUCUCCGCCGUCACGUCGGUCCGGCCGCACCACGGACUCCUGAAGGCGCCGGGCGCGGGCGCGGGGCCGCUGGGCGGCGGCUUCCAGCACUGGGGCGUCGGUACCGGGAUGCCGUGCCCGUGCAGCAUGUGCCAGGUCCCGCCGCCGCCGCACGUGUCCAGCAUGAGCUCGGUGGCCAUGCCGCGGCUGGCCGGCGACUCCAAGUGACC